CUCACUCCAACUGCCUAAAUUUAUGGGCUCAAUCGCCUCCAACCAUUUCUAUAUAAACUCCGACUCUUCUCCGUUGCGUUCUUAGUUUUGAUCUAGAAGCUGCUGAAAUUUCAGAAGAGAAUGGAAGGUCCCCUCUUUUUCUUCCUCUUCCUCCUCGCUCUGGCCUCACCAGCGGCCUCCGGAACGCCAGCGCCGAGCCCCGCGUCCGGCCUCGCCUUCAUCAGGUCCUCGUGCUCGGCGACUCGCUUCCCGGACGUGUGCUACAGCUCCCUGUCGUCCUACGCGCCGGUCGUCCAGCGCAGCCCGCGCCAGCUCGCCCAGGCAGCGCUCGCCGUCAGCCUGAACCGCGCCAGGUCCACCCACGGCUUCGUCACCUGGCUUUCCACCCGCAUGACCGGCCCGCGCCUCACCCCCCGCGAGGCCGGCGCGCUCAAGGACUGCGUCACCACCAUCUCCGACUCCGUCUACCGGAUCGGCCAGUCGGUCGGCGAGCUGAAGCGGCUGGGGCGGUCGGAGUUCCUGUGGCACAUCAGCAACGUGCAGACGUGGGUGAGCGCGGCGCUGACGGAUGAGAACACCUGCAUGGAUGGGUUCAACAGCAUAGAGGUCAAGACCAGCCGGGUGCGGGCGAUGGUGAGGAGGCACGUCGUGGGCGUGGCUCAGGUGACCAGCAAUGCGCUGGCCCUUGUCAAUAAGAUCGCUGAGGAACACCAAGGUUAGGGUUCCUAGGGAGAUUUUGAUGUUUCUCUUUCCCUUGUUUGUUACUUUCUUAGGCAGUUGGAAAUAUGACAGAAGAAAGAUGAAAGAUGAUGUUGUUCUUAAGAGGGGUUUUUGAACAUGUAUAUGUAAUGUUCAUCCAUAUAAUAUGUAUGAAGUGGUUUGUAAGUAUCUGUGGUUUCAAAGAAAGAGCUUGAGUUGUUCGUAA